AUGAAUGGCCGGAACAUGGAGGAGAAGCCAUUCGAAAGAGUCAAGACCCGGCGGAGGAAGGGUCACUGCCCGGCCGGUGCACCCCUGGGCGCCCUAACCUGCGAGGACGAGUUCAACAGCCAGGAGCUGGAGGCUCUCUUCCAGAACUACAACCUGAAGCUUGAGCAGACCGCCACCCUCAAAGCGCUGGCGGUGCUCAUCGUGGCCACGUCGUCGCUAUCCCUGGUGGAGCUGCUGUCCAGUUCGCAUCUCACCUUGUCCAAGGGCUCCUACCCGGUGCACUGCGUGGUGUUCCUGUCGCUGUUCAUCGUCACCAACGUCAAAUACCUACAGGUGACGCAGCUGCAGCAAAUAGCGAAGCUGGCCCUGCUGUUCAGCUUCACCUUUGCGCUCCUCUGCUGCCCGUUCCCGCUGGCGCUCGGCACGUCGGAGCUGCUGAGCGCCGCAGCCCCUGAGCAAGGCGUGUGGCAGCUCAUGCUGGUCACCCUCGUGGCUUACGUGCUGCUGCCGGUGCGGACGCUGUUGGCCGUUUUGUUCGGGCUGAUGCUGGCUACAUCUCACUUCAUUGUCAUAGCGACGUCGUUCACGGGAAGGAAACAGAAGCUGUGGAGACCGCUGGUGGCCAACGCGGUGCUGUUCACCAGCGUCAACUUGUCGGGGGUGUUUGUGAGGAUUCUCACCGAGCGCACCCAGAGGAAAGUCUUCCUGCAAGCCCGCGACUGCAUCGAGGAGAGGCUGAGACUGGAGGAUGAGAAUGAGAAGCAGGAACGUCUGCUAAUGAGCCUCCUUCCCAGGAAUGUUGCCAUGGAGAUGAAGGAGGACUUCCUGAAGCCGCCUGAACGGAUCUUUCACAAGAUCUACAUCCAACGCCAUGACAAUGUCAGCAUCCUGUUUGCAGACAUUGUGGGUUUCACCAGCUUGGCUUCUCAGUGUACGGCUCAGGAACUGGUCAAACUGCUCAACGAACUCUUUGGGAAGUUUGAUGAGCUGGCUACAGAGAAUCACUGCAGGCGAAUAAAGAUCCUGGGGGACUGUUACUACUGUGUGUCUGGCCUGACCCAACCCAAGGCAGACCACGCCCACUGCUGUGUGGAGAUGGGUCUGGACAUGAUUGACACGAUCGCGUCGGUGGUGGAGGCGACAGAGGUGGAUCUGAACAUGCGUGUUGGUCUGCACACUGGACGGGUGCUGUGUGGUGUUCUGGGCCUCAGGAAAUGGCAGUAUGACGUCUGGUCAAACGAUGUCACACUGGCAAAUGAGAUGGAGGCUGGAGGGCUGCCGGGCAAGGUGCACAUCACAAAGACCACCCUGGAGUGCUUGAACGGAGACUACGAGGUGGAGCCGGGCUUCGGCCACGAGAGACACGCCUUCCUCCAGAAACAUCACAUCGAGACGUUUUUCAUCGUGCCGUCACACAGACGCAAAAUCUUCCCCGGUCUUAUUCUGUCAGACAUCAAACCAGCCAAGAGGAUGAAGUUCAAGACGGUGUGCUACCUGCUGGUGCAGCUGAUGCACUGUCGGAAGAUGUUCAAGGCCGAGAUCCCCUUCUCCAACGUCAUGACCUGCGACGAUGACGACAAGCGGAGAGCCAUGCGGACUGCGUCAGAGAAGAUGAGGAGCCGGACGUCCUUCUCAGCCACGACCGUGCAGAACUCCCCGGGAACACGGGUCAACCGCUACAUUGGGCGGCUCAUCGAAGCCCGGCAGACUGAGUCCGAGACAACGGACAUCAACUCCAUCACUCUGUUCUACAGGAGCAGAGACAAGGAGCGCAGGUACCACCAGGUGUACGACGACCAUUUCAUCAGUGCGGUGGUUCUGUCUCUGAUCCUCGCUGCUCUGUUUGGCCUUAUCUAUUUGCUAAUGAUCCCACAGGGGAUGCUGGUGCUAUUGCUGCUGCUGCUCUGUGUGUGUUUCCACGUGGCCUGUGUCAUGUACCUGCAGCUCACCAGCGUUCAGUGCCAACCGAGCUGCCUCACCAUCCAGAUCCGAGCAGUGCUGUGUGUCUUCCUCGUCCUGCUCACCUACUCUGUUACCCAGGCCUGUGUGGUGGGAUGUGUUCCUUGGGGGAGAGUCGGGACAAACACCAGCCUCUCAGUUGAGGACUUCCCUGCAGACGCCAACAGCACCGCGGCGGACAGAGCGUGUACCAACAUGGCGUACUCCCUGCUGUCCUGCGUGGCCGGCACCCUCACUCUUGUCCCCUACCUCCGAGUCUCCUCGACCCUCAAGAUCCUCCUGCUCCUCCUCCUCUCUGUCACCUACACCGUCGUCAUGGAGACCAGCGGCUAUCGCCAAGCCGUGGGAGGAGGGUUCCUCCACUCACGGGGUUAUGAUCCUGUGUUGGCUGCGGUGCUGUUCUCCGGAGCUCUUGCUCUGCAUUCGAGACAGCUGGACCUGAAGCUGCGGCUCGACUAUCUCUGGGCAACUCAGGCGGAGGAGGAGAGAUGCGACAUGGAGAAGGUGAAGCUGGACAACAAACGGAUCCUUUUCAACCUGCUGCCGGCUCAUGUGGCUCAGCACUUCCUCAUGUCAAACCCCAGGAACAUGGACCUGUACUACCAGUCCUACGCUAAGGUUGGAGUGCUGUUUGCCUCCAUCGCCAACUUCAACGACUUCUACAUUGAGCUGGACGGGAACAACAUGGGCGUCGAGUGCCUCAGGCUGCUCAAUGAGAUCAUCGCCGACUUUGAUGAGCUGAUGGACAAAGACUGCUACAGGGAUAUUGAGAAAAUCAAGACUAUUGGAAGUACAUACAUGGCUGCAGUAGGGCUGGUUCCUACAACUGCCUCCCAGUUGAAGAAGUCCAUCACCUCACAUUUAUGCACUGUGUCAGAUUUUGCCAUCGAUAUGUUUGACGUCCUGGAUGCCAUCAACUACCAGUCUUACAACGACUUCGUCCUCAGAGUAGGUAUCAAUGUGGGACCAGUGGUGGCAGGAGUGAUUGGAGCUAGAAGACCUCAGUAUGACAUCUGGGGAAACACAGUGAACGUAGCCAGCAGGAUGGACAGCACUGGAGUACAAGGAAAGAUACAGGUGACAGAAGACGUCCAUCGUCUCAUGGCAGACUACUACGACUUUGUCUGCCGAGGCCAGGUCAGCGUUAAGGGCAAAGGUCAGAUGCUUACAUACUUCCUGGAAGGGCGCAGGAAAGGCAGCAGGCUGUCUCAAAUCCAGCACCAGUCCAGCAACGCCGAGCGGCGGUUCAGCGCGUUCACCCAGGGCAGCGUGUGCACCAGGCUGAGCCCCGCCCCCACCGUGACCACCUACGCUACCAGCAGAACCCCGAGCAUGGCCAAACCAACCACCUCCACCAGCACCAUCAGGUACCUGCCCACUGUCGCCAUGGCAACGGUGUGAUGGAUGCUGUAUCCAUGGUGAUUGGGAAAAACAAGAAAUUGAGAGUGGAGGUGGGGAAACAGAAUGGUAACAAGACAACAGGAGCAGAACGUUUAUUACAAAAGGAAAAAGUAGAGCCGACCUCCACUCUUCUUCUACCGUAUGUGGGAGGCAGCUGAGACCCUGAUCAUCUGACGGCAGACCUGGACUCUGGCCUGGACUGCGUUUAGGACUGGAGUCUGAGGGGGCCCUCAAUCAGACUCUCCCUCCACACUGGAGCCCUGUUUGUUGUUUCACGACACACGGUGUCGUGAACAGGAUGCAGGAUGCGUUAGCCACGUUGCUCUGUAACCAAUCAAAGGCCAAGGCGACUCCCAAAACUGUUUCCACAACUACAAAUAACUAAAUCAGCAUCAAUAUAAAAACAAUUGCACAAUUGAUAGUGUAGCAUGCAACAACCACAUCCAGAAAUUCCUUUAACAACUUUAGCUGACCCUUUUCUCUCAGUAUAAAACCAAAUCAGUGCUGUUGCCUUAGCGACCACUCCUCACAAUGAGUUUCUUGCCAUCGUUUUUGUUGCCUUUAAGAUUCUUUAUUGAUUUAUUGGACACCAAUUCAGAUGUAUUAACUUACAGGGGCAUUGUUGUCCGAGAUAUAUAUGUUUUUACAGUGGAUGAAGCCAAAUGUAUAAUUGUAACUGGCAGUUAACAGUUUUAACUUGCCAAAAUAUGACAGGGCAUUGCCUUCAAUCACUACCUGGACGUUUAUACCCCUUCACUUUAACCCUCCAACGGCACAUGAGGUAUCUCUUGAAUCCCUGAGCCGCGCCGCUCAGUGUCCUUAAGUGCAUGAUGCCACGGCUGCAUUUCAGUCUUGUUUGCGGUCUGUUUCCCUGUGAUGCUUGACUUCCAGAUUCUUCCUCGUCAAAGUGUAGCAAUAAAGCGGUUCGUCUUCUAUCUCAGCCCCUUGCAUGUAACCAGCUGGACCCUAUUUUGACAUGAUAGUGUAUGUAGCCAGUAGAGUGUGCAUAGCUAGCCACACCAGUGUGUAUCUCCGUGGAGUUGAAGCAUGACUUAGAACAUACUUAUUUUCUGUAACCGUGCGAGUGUGAUUCCUUCCUCGUGGAAUUCUAUUUUUUUUCUUGUUUAUUACGAAAUAUUUUCUAUAUUCUGUUCUACUAUUUUUAUGAACUAAAAGCUGCUUUGAUCGGGAAAAGAAAACUGCCGUUUAUGAGGAGACACCCAAACCUCCGUGUCUGGCUUCCCCAUACAAAAUCAGAUGAUUUAUUGUAUUAUAGCAUGCUACUCACAGUAUGGCUUACCACAGCCAUUAACUCUCCUCUAAUCUGUUCUAGCAUGCACUGCCUGCGAGCUUGUGGCUCUUACAUGCAUGCUUUGAAGAAACAUUCAUACAGGCCGAGCAGCGGACACACAGUGACUCUUUUUUAAUGUAGUCCUCAUGCAUGCGCUCACGGUAGCGGUCCUCUUGAAUGUAAGGUGCUUUUUUGACCCGUGUCUUCUUCAUGAGCUUGGCGUGUGAAUCUUUUCGAGGACGUUUUCAGGACGGUUUGACAUCAGGCCGGGGGUCCCUCCUCCUCCUCCCCGCUCCUGCUGUAGUCAACAGGUAGCAGGUUUUCAAAUGUGCCAACCUAUUUUCAUAAACAUAUCAAACUUUUUGGUGUUGAGCUGUAGCACAACUGAAUGUGUGGCUACGGUUAUUGUGGAUUUACUUUUGUUGAAUGCGUGUAUUUUUACUGUUUGAGCAGUUCUUUAACAGUUUUGUAACUCAAUGAUCAAAUGAUGGCAAAUAUGGAGAGAUUUAUUUGGACACCAUAACUGACUGAACUUAUAUUAAAAAUAGAUUUAAAGUCUAUAUAGUAUCUUGGAUGCUUACUUUGAGUUUCUAAGAGAUUAAAAACAAGGAUUUUUAUACACUUGCUUUAGACAGUUUAUGGAAAGUUUAUGGAAAGGAGUUAUGUACAAUAUUUUUUCCUGUAAAUUGGAUAUUUUCAUACUGUACGAUACGGGUUUCAAUUGUUAUAUGUAGGUAAUACUUGCUAUUAUUGUACAUUGUAGAGGUUUUUUUCAGAGAUAUAUGAUGAAUGAUCCGAUAUUUGUCAAGUUCUUUUGUUGAAGAAGUAUUUAUUGAGAUGUUUUAUGUCAAUGUGAAUUUUGUUAAAGACGAUAUUUUAUACUAAGUGUUUGCACUGCAAUGAUAUAGACGUAUCAUGAUUAUAAAAAUAAAGAGUAAAA